GCUGGAGGGGGGAGGUAAGAAAGAGCCUCCUUGCCCUGUCUCCUUCACCACAGACCAUUCCUCAUGUGUCAGUCCAAAAGCAGAGCCCACCUCACUUCCCCAAGAGUCAGGAACAGCUCUGGGUGUGUGAAACCCUCUGAGGCAGCACCUGAGCACGCUGAGAGCUCAGCACAGCUCUGAGCACACGAGGAGGAGGAGGAGGAGGAGGGUCAGUGACAUCAGGGUGCACUCUCAGGGGUGCAGGAAGUAUAAAAUCAGAGUUCCCCGAGGAGGGUCCCUGGCAGGAGCUGGGGAGGCAGCACUGGGCUGGGUGAUGCUCUCACUCCCUCUGUGACUGGAUCCUGCUGGAGCCACACCAUGGAUGGGGGCAAGCAGCUAAAGGCCACCCUUGUUCUCAGCCUGCCACUUGUUUUUCAGUUCUGUGCUGGGGACAAUGUCACUGAUUACUAUGACUCCAACAGCACCAUUGACUACAGCAUGUUCGAGCCCCUGUGUGAGAAGAAGGAGGUCCGAAAUUUCCGAGCUGCCUUCCUCCCAGCCAUGUACAGCCUCAUCUGCCUCAUGGGGCUGCUGGGGAACGGGCUGGUGAUGCUCACCUACAUCUACUACAAGAGGCUGAAGACCAUGACAGACAUCUACUUGCUGAACCUGGCUGUGGCAGACAUCCUCUUCCUGCUGACCCUUCCCUUCUGGGCCACGAGUGCAGCCACAUACUGGCUUUUUGGGAGCUUUGCCUGCAAAGCUGUCUACUGCAUCUGCAAAAUGAGUUUCUUCAGCGGGAUGCUGCUGCUCCUGGCCAUCAGCAUCGACAGGUACUUCGCCAUCGUCCAGGCAGCCUCAGCCCAUCGCCUGCGUCCCCGCAUGAUUUUCAUCAGCAAGGUCACCUGCAUCCUCAUCUGGCUCCUGGCCUUCAUCCUCUCCACCCCUGAGCUGGUCCACAGUGGUGUGAACAGCUCUGAGAGCAAUCCCCGCUGUUCCAUCAUUGCCAAUGACUUGAAGGCCUUCAACACCGGCAUCAAAGUGUCCCAAAUGGUGUUUGGCUUCUUAAUUCCCCUCCUGGUCAUGUCUUUCUGCUACCUCAUCAUCAUCAAAACGUUACUCCAGGCCCGCAACUUCGAGAAGAACAAAGCCAUCAAGGUCAUCAUCGCCGUGGUCAUCGUCUUUGUCGUCUUCCAGCUGCCCUACAACGGUGUCAUGCUGGCCAAGACCAUCUCAGCCUUCAACCAGACCAGCUCCUGCGAGGAGAGCAAGAAGCUGGACGUGGCAGAUGACGUGACCUACACCCUGGCCUGCUUCCGAUGCUGCCUCAACCCUUUCCUCUACGCCUUCAUCGGCGUCAAAUUCCGCACCGACCUCUUCAAGCUGCUGAAGGAGCUGGGCUGCCUGAGCCAGCAGCGCCUGUGGCAGCUCACCUCCUGCCGGGACAGCAAGAGAACCUCCUUCGCCAUGGAGACUGAGACAACCACCACCUUCUCCCCCUGAGCCCAGCUCCAGGCAUGCCCUGGUCCAGCUGAAAUGGUUUUGGACGUUUCCUCGAGUCUGAGCAAGAGCAAGACUUGCCACGCUGCAGAGAGGUCGGGGGGAAAAUCCAGACACCUCCCAGAUUUCAAGUAGUGAGGACUGGUCAAUAUUCCAUGGCCAAUCCCACUGCUGGUCAAUAUCCCAUGGCCAAUCCCACUGCUGGCCAACAUUCCAUGGUUGGACAGACUUUACAACAGAGUUGUCACUAACAGCAAAGCAAGGGAGAGGUGGUGAUUCUACAAUUUCUCCUGUCAUUUCACCUUCAGCUUAGUCUUUCCCUGUCAAAACGAGACAUGCUCAAAAUAGAACAUUUAGCCUAAAAGCGACAAGUACCAAGAGAAAACAGAGGUUGGUGGAGCAGAGCUGUCGUUUGGAGCUGAGCUGCCAGGAGCAUCACCCUUGCUUUGGAUGUUGCUUUUAACAAGACAACAGCUCUGCAAUCCCACAGAAAUGCCCUUGCACUGAGUCAGUCCAAGGAAAACCCGCAGCCACAGCCUUGGGCUCAACCCAGCACGCAGCCCCAGCUGUGGAGGAUCUGAGCACACAACUGCUCUGCUUCCCCAUGGAAAGGGAGAGAUGGCCACAGCCAAUGCAAAAUCCAUGCAAAUUCUUGCCAUAAUUUCAAUUAUUUUGUAUAAUACUGUAGCCUCUCAUAGCUCUGUUAGGAAAAGUACGAAUUCCACUUUCCUUCUGCCUGUAUCCUGUUUGUGGACUAUCACCUGCUGACCUUGAGAUAAAUAUGAAUGUGGGUUUUCUCCUCCCUUCCCAGUCCUUCUAGCAGGACUUCAGCUGCCUUUGCAGUCAGACCUGUAUUUCACUCAUAAGCUACUGGGGCGUGUUUGGCACCAGUGCUGUGGGACCAACACAGACACUGCUCACUGAGGUUUGGUGUGAACACAGCCCCACCACUGCCAGGGCCACAGCAGCUGAGCAGCACAUCAUUGUCGUGGCAAGUCAGACCCUGGAGCAGCCCAGGCUGUAAUUCCAGCUGGAGCUUUCACAGGAAGAGUGAAGAUUCCUGAUGACAGAAGAACGCUCUGGGAACUGCAGUGGUGGGACAGCUGAACGUCAGCUGGGAGGAGCUGCAGGCUGGGCAGCUGUCCCUGUCCCUGUCCUGUCCCUGUCCUGUCCCUGUGCCUGUCCUGUGUGCUCCAACCCCACAACACCCAGCUCUCCCAGAGUCAUCACCAGAGGAAGGAGGUCUCGGUCUGGAGCUGCUCCUGGGGCUGGCAGGGGACACAUGUCCAUGUUCCCCCGAACACACAGAGCCAUGAGCAGCAAAACACUCCCUAAACAGACAUUUAUCCUUUUUUUUCAACACAUGCAUCCAUCAGGAGUGACACAGAGAACUCUCUGGUUCAUGGGUUGGAGAGCACUGCUUUAGAGAGCUGAGGAUUGAAAUCAGCCUUCCAAGGCAGAAUUCACUGGCUCCAUCUGAGACAGCACUGCCAGUUAUUUACCUGGCUGCUACCAAAUCUGAAUAAAUUCUCCAUAAACCAUUUACCUCUGGUGUAUGGGAUUUUUGCCAAGUGCUGGGAUUUGGGAAGAGAGGACAUUGUUCUCUGUGUCACCCAUCUGCUGAACUGCUGAACUCAUUUUCGUUUACAAUGCCCAGGUAACUGUACAGAAAUGCUGUUUCUCUGUCACAUGAAACAGGGGGUGACCACUGACACUGAACAGCUAUUUGCCCUUGGUUUCCUUCUCAUGCUUAUUUAGGCAAGACACAGCUAUCAUGAUCUUGGCCAGAGCCAGGGACACCCCUAGCACAAGGUAUUUGCAGUUUUCCUCAUCAGCAACAAUACAUUGUUAAUG